AUGGAGGUUCGCAACCUGCUGUCUCCAUGCUUCGCCCUGGGCAAAGACUUGCAUGUCUUUGUUCUAAGCCUGCGCUCUGCUUUCGGCGACAGGUUCUUGGGCUACCUGUUGCUCAACUACCUGCUGCUGAAGGGCGCCACGAUGACACUCUUGCAGACAUCGAUGCUGCCCUACUUUCAGCACAUGGGCGUCAAGGGCGUGGAGUAUCAGCUCGCGUCGACGGUUUCCAUGAUGCCAUGGUCGAUGAAAGGAUUCAUUGGAGUGCUCAGCGACAUUGUGCCCCUAGGUCGCUUCCACAAACGUGGCUACCUGCUCCUGUCGGUUGUUUUGGGCAUCUUCGGGAUCACGAUGCUGUCUUUUCGGCCGGAGAGCCGAGAUGAGUCCUCUCUGUGGUUCGUUGCGGCGCUCUUUGGAGCGGCCUAUGCCUUCCUGGCUACGUUUGACCUCCUCUGCGAAGGGAAGUACUCGGAGAUUAUGCGCGAAGAGCAGGCUGGAAGCGAGGUCCUUUCACUCGUCUGGUCUUGCAUGCAGCUGGGCUCCCUCAUUGCGGCGCUUUGCGUGGCACGCGUGGUGGACACAGAGGGUCCAAGGCCCCUCAUCUCCGCCUGCCUUCCCUUUGCAAUCCUCGCUUUCUGGCGCACUUGGGAAGGAGAUCUUCCCGAGCAGCCGGCACGAAGCUGGCGAUCGCUUUGGGCCAAGGCGAUGUCUGAGCCAGACCUUUUCUUGCUUGCUUCGGCCAUGGCUCUUGGCUCCCUGAUGGUGGCCGUGGCGACAGCAAUGCUCGGAGAGAGGGGCAGGGUCUUCACCGCGCUCUUCGUGUCCAUGAUGAUGGUGCUCUACUCCUUCAGAACUCUACCGAGGGUGCUGGCGCGCAGCAACCUUUACAUGUUCAUCACGUCCAUUGCCUACCUCGACCUGUCGGGACCUUUGGCCUACUGGUACACAGGUACGGAGAAUUGCGUGAAGAACGGACCGCACUUCAGCUACGCCUACUACCUGGCCGUCUCAAACGUGGUGGGUUCCGUCGGCUCCAUCCUUGGCGCUGUCCUCUUCCAGUACAUGCAGGACUGGACCUUCCGCCAGGCUUUCUGGGUCACUACGACCAUCCAAGUGGUGGCUUCGUUGUUCGACCUCCUGAUCAUCUCCCGGUAUAACCUGGAGCUUGGGGUCUCGGAUCGCGCCGCCUACCUGUUUGGGGAUGCGGCAUGCCAAAGCUUGGCGCAGCAGAUGGCUCUGAUGCCGCAGGCGCUGCUUACUGCUCGGCUUUGCCCGCGAGGGGCGGAGGCGACAGUCUUUGCCAUUCUCGCUGGCUUCCAGAACUUCGGCGCCAACAUCGGGUCGAUCUUGGGCGCGCAGCUCUCGGACUACGCCGGAAUCAAAUGCAGCCGGGCAGGGCCCUGCAACUUCGAGUGGCUGAAGACGCUGAUCCUGGUGUGCCACAUGCUGGUCCCGCUGGCCUGCCUGCCGCUGACCUGGAUCCUCGUCCCUGCGGCCGUCAUCAGCGAUGAGGGCGCUUUCGAGAUGUCUUCGCCUCCGCCCUCCUUCGCAUCGCCAGGGCCCUCGCCUCUUUCCUCGCCGGCAUCCUCACCUCGCACCUACCGUGACGACACGGACGAUCCUAGCCCUGUGACGCUGGCGGAAUCUGCGGCUGGGCGGCUGAUUCUGCUCGCCGUGUUGAUGAGAUUUCAUGAGCAUGGUUAG